UGCUGAAGCCAGUACUGUACCAGACCACAGCAUUUACAAGUUGUAUAGAGUUCUUUCACUUUGCUGAGCGAGUUGUGUUAAUGUUUUGCUGCUUGAAUUUGUCAAAGCAAAAUGUUGAGUCGUGGCAGCUUUAUAGUAAUGUUUUUAGUUAUUUUCUUGAAGUUCGAACAAUUUGUUGCUCAAGAAAAUUCGAACGUUCUAACGAGACCAUCAUUUACGAUUUUGCCACCGAAUCAGAUUCGAGUUACAAUCCCAGAUAGAGGUGGAUUGCGUUUUUUCGCUUUCAAUGGUAACAUAAAUAGAAGGAUCACGAUAAAUGGAGUAGGAGACAUAUCAGGCGAAGCUUUUAGGCCGACGGAUGGAAAAUGGACAAUUGAAAUGAAUCAUCAUAACUUGCAAAAUGGAAAUAUUAUAUAUUAUUGGAUCCAGGGCCAAAUUAAUGAAAACGUAUAUACCCUACUCGAUCAAUGGACAAUUACAAACGAAGUGGAAAGUAAUGGAGGACCACCAAAGACAAUAUUGUUCGAAGAAAAUUUUGAUACCUUGGAUUCAACAAUUUGGGAACGUGAUUUCAGGAUACCGUUAGGCCCAGAUUACGAAUUCUGUGUGUACCAUAAUGAACACCAUGAUACUUUGUUACAAAUUGUCAGUGGCAAGGUUGUAUUCAAGCCGCUCAUUUUGGAGGAUGUUUACGGCGAUCAUGCCACCGCGUAUGGAAGAAUGAUGCUUAGCAAGUGUACGAGCAACUAUGAAGAUGAAUGUUCGCGAAACGCGACGUCCUUCAGUAUUUUACCACCUAUUAUAUCAAGUAGAUUGACCACAAAGAAAAGAUUCAACUUCCGAUAUGGCAAAAUCGAAAUCAGAGCCAAGUUUCCUUAUGGCGACUGGCUAUAUCCAGAAAUGUACCUGGAACCAGUGAACAUUGCUUAUGGCUAUAGCCACAAUGGUCGCAUCAUUCUUGGCCUUGCCAGAGGAAACGAUAAUUUAAUCGACCGCAAUAAUAGUCAGAUUUUUGACUCAAGAAAAGUGGAUUUCGGAUUCAGGAUAAGCACAGGCGGGCACGUCGAUGAUUACAAGGUUUCCAGAGUGAAAGAAUUAGGUCCCAGGUGGACCCAAGAUUUCCAUAACUAUACAACGAUAUGGGACGAAAAUGGAUUUUCGUUCUCUGUCGAUGGUGAAGAAAUUGGAAGAAUGGGUCCUGGGCCAGACGGAUUGCUGCGUAAUAAGAAUUACCAUAAAAUAGCACCAUUCGAUCAACAAUUUUAUAUUUCUAUCGGCCUCGGAGUCGGUGGUGUUCGCGUUUUUCCAGAUGAAACGAUGAGUUUACACCAUAAGAAGCCAUGGCGGAAUGUUGGGGCAAAAGCAAUGUUGAAUUUUUGGCAAGCAAAGAACGACUGGUUUCCAACUUGGAGAAAAGAUGAUAGAUUGACGACUUUUGAGAUUGAUUACAUUCGAGUAUCAUCGAUUUGAUUAAAUAAAAGAUGACUGAAAUGCUUCUAAAGAAGAAUGCACAAGUAUUAAAAUCGUGUAACUAUAGCGUCAUGAUUUAUCUAUUUAUUACUGUUUUAUAAUACGAAUAAAAAAUUAAUAAAGUAAAUAAUUGACAAA